ACACACACAUCUAAGGAAAGGAUGAGCAUACACAGUCUCUUUAAAUCACUGGAGCUGUAAGUAUUGAGAGGAUGGGAAGGAAAAGUUUGUGAAGAAGAAAAAACACAAGACCAGCAGCCAUGACGUGGAGGAGCCCUAUGGCCUUGGUGAGGGAUGCUCUGAGAGGUCAGAGGGCGCGGGAGAAGGACCUCCGCAACCUUGUGUCCAAUCUGCCCUACGAGGGCCUGGAGAAGGGAAAGCAACCAAACCGCCACUUUCCUGGAAACGGCAUCAAGACCACCAAAUACACCCUCCUUCUCUUUAUACCCAUGAACAUCUUUGAGCAGUUUCACCGUCUGGCAAACAUCUACUUUGUGGGUCUUGCGAUUCUGAACUUUGUCCCCGUAGUGAACGCCUUCCAGCCCGAGGUGGCUCUGAUCCCCAUCUGUGUCAUUAUGUCUCUGACGGCCUUAAAGGAUGCCUGGGAGGACUUCCGAAGGUACCAGUCGGACAAGAAGCGCAACUACACGCCAUGCUUCAUCUACAGCAGGACAGAGAAACAGUUUGUGGAGAGACGAUGGAAGGACAUAAAAGUGGGAGAUUUUGUGAAGGUGGUGUGCAAUGAGAUCGUCCCUGCAGACCUCCUUCUCAUGCACACAGCAGACCCCAACGGGAUGUGUCUCAUUGAGACAUCUAACCUGGACGGAGAGACCAACAUGAAGCAGAGGAGGGUGCUGUCUGGCAUCUGUGUCUCGGAUCCUGAAUUUGACCCUGAAACCUUUAACAGCAUUGUGGUGUGUGAAAAGCCAAACAACAAUCUGAACCAUUUUAAGUGUUUUGUAGAGAAACCUGAUAAGAAGAAGGUGGGCGCUGGGAUCGAGAGUCUGCUGCUGCGAGGCUGUACAGUGAGGAGCACGGAGCACGCUGUCGGCUUUGUGGUGUAUGCAGGCCAUGAAACCAAGUCGAUGCUCAACAACAACGGGCCAAGAUACAAGCGCAGCAAACUAGAGCGGAAGCUGAACAUAGACGUCAUCUUCUGCGUCAUUCUCCUCUUCACCAUGUGUCUCAUUGGAGCAGUGGGUCACUACGCGUGGCUGCAAGCGCUGCCUGGUGUGCCCCCUUACCUGGUCCCUGGCAGUAGCGGUCACCUGGACAGUCCCAGUCUGUCGGGUUUCUACAUGUUCUUCACCAUGAUCAUCCUGCUGCAGGUGUUUAUACCCAUUUCGCUCUAUUUUUCCAUUGAGUUGGUGAAGAUCGGUCAGAUUUUCUUCAUCACUAACGACAUGGAUCUGUACGACCAGGACACAAACAGCCGUGUUCAGUGUAAGUCCCUGAACAUCACGGAGGACCUGGGACAGAUUGAAUAUGUCUUCUCAGACAAGACUGGCACCCUGACUGAGAACAAGAUGGUGUACCGCAGAUGCUCUGUCAUGGGCACAGAGUACCCGCACAAAGAGAACGCCAUCCAUCUAGCUGUCCUUGAAGGUGAAGAAAUAGAGGAAGAUGUCAUCUUCAACCAAAAGCCCCAACUUGCAAAGGCAGGUUGGUCCCUGGAUGCUGAAGACAACAACUAUGAGGACACACAUCAACAAAAACGUGGCAGAAGCAGGAGCAAGCGCUACAGAGGUGCCUCAAACAGUGCAGCCUUCAGCAGUGAACUGGAAACUGAGGUGAUUCCAGACAGGAAGCUGCUUCAGCAGAUUAGCAGGGCACAGAGCAGCAGCAGCGGCAAGAAGAUUGAUCCUUACCUGGACUUUUUUCUGGCUCUCGCCAUUUGCAACACGGUGGUGGUUUCCAUGGCAACAGCUCAGAGACAGAGGGCAGGAAGGUUUUCACGCUCCUCUCAGACAGGCAGCCCACUGGAUUCUUUGUCCACCUGGAUGAAAAAGUCUGCCUCCCUUUGCAAUAUUUUCACCUCCUGUAAGCGCAAGCCAAAGAGAAAUCGUACCAUCUCAGAGGUCUCAGUAUUAGAGGAGGACCAAUUUAACACCCCUGUUAAAACAGCAGGGGCUGGGCUCGAAACAUGUUCGCUCCAUGCUCCAUCUCCGCCCGACAAACUUACCAUAACCCCGGACGAUCUGAGCUAUGAGGCAGAGAGUCCAGAUGAGGCAGCCCUGGUGCAUGCUGCUAAGGCAUAUGGCUUUAUUCUGCUGGCCCGCACACCUGAGAGUGUGACGGUGAGGUUCCCGUCUGGGAAGGAGCUGGUGUUUGAGGUGCUGGACACUUUGACCUUCGACUCCAUUAGGAAGAGAAUGUCUGUUUUGGUGCGACACCCAAUCACCAAAGAGUGUGUGCUGUACACUAAAGGAGCAGACUACGCCAUCAUGGAGCUGCUCGGUGCCCCAUAUGCAGAACGUCUCAGUGGAAAUCAGAAGACUAUAGCAGCAGAUACUCAGUACCACCUCGACUGCUACGCUAAAGAUGGACUGCGUACACUUUGCUUCGCAAAGAAGGUUGUGAGUAAGAAGUUGUAUGAAAGCUGGUCAGAGGACAGACAAAAGGCCUUGGCUGCUAUUGAGAACAGAGAGGAGCUUGUAAUGGACUCUGCUGUGCAGCUGGAAACAAAUCUCUCCCUGCUAGGGGCGACGGGUAUCGAGGACCGUUUGCAGGAUAACGUCCCAGACACUAUUGUGGCACUGCGGGAGGCAGGGAUCCAGGUGUGGGUGCUGACUGGUGACAAGCCGGAGACAGCUGUCAACAUCGGCUAUGCCUGCAGGCUACUGGAAGAGGAAGACCUGGUGAUUAACAUGAGCUGCAAAAACAAGCUCACAUGCAUCUCCAUCCUGGACUGCACACUGGAGGAGGUUAGGAGGUACAAGGCAGACCCUCGUAAUGUGGACACGACCCAGGGCAUCUCUCUGGUGAUAGACGGACAAACCCUGACCAUGGUUCUGUCGCCAGACCUGCAGGACCGCUUUGUGGAGCUGGCUAAGUGCUGCCGCUCUGUGUUGUGCUGCAGAGUGACGCCCUUACAGAAGAGCAGAGUGGUGAAGGUGGUCAGGGAGAAACUAAAAGUCAUGACCCUCGCUGUUGGUGACGGUGCAAAUGAUGUAAAUAUGAUCCAAGCAGCAGAUAUCGGUGUUGGGAUAUCCGGGCAGGAGGGCAUGCAGGCGGUCAUGGCGAGUGAUUUUGCUAUAUCUCGCUUCAAACACCUGAAAAAGCUCCUCCUGGUUCACGGACACUGGUGCUACACUCGACUGGCCAACAUGAUCAUCUAUUUUUUUUAUAAGAAUGUGGCCUACGUGAACCUGCUGUUCUGGUAUCAGUUCUUCUGUGGCUUCUCUGGCACAGCCAUGAUUGACUACUGGCUGAUGAUUUUCUUCAACCUCUUCUUUACCUCUCUUCCACCUAUCAUGUUUGGAAUAAUGGACAAAGAUGUCUCUGCAGAGAUGCUCUUGGGUGUCCCUGAGUUGUACAGGACGGGACAGGGUGAAGGGGAAUACACCUUUACAACCUUCUGGGUGUCCAUGCUUGAUGCCUUUUAUCAGAGUCUGGUGUGCUUCUUUAUUCCAUACUUGGCAUACCGGGAUUCAGACAUUGACGUGUUUACCUUUGGAACUCCUCUGAACACAAUUUCUUUGUUUACCAUCCUGCUGCAUCUGUCCAUAGAGAUCAAAGCCUGGACAUGGGUUCACUGGGUAAUCAUGCUGGGCAGUGUGGCUGUGUUCUUCAUAGCGACACUUGCCUACAGCGGCACCUGCAUCACCUGUAACCCUCCAUCCAACCCGUACUGGAUCCUCCAGAGCCAGAUGGCUGACCCCAUGUUCUACCUUGUAUGCAUCAUCACGACCGUGGUGGCUCUGCUGCCCAGGUACAUGUUUCACGUGCUGAGGAACUCUAUCGCCCCCUCCCCGCUGCUACAAGCCAGGCAGCUGGACCGAAUGGACCCCGGCACGAGAAAGGAGUGGAUCAAGGAGUGGAGGAGCUUCAGGGGUAGCGGGGGGGUCAAACACUCCAGGCUGUCCACUCCUCCAAGUCCCACCCUGGAGACCCCUGUGGACAUUUUUCCCCAAUCUCCCACCGACUCUGACAUCAUGAGUGAUGAAUUCACACUAAAUGUCAUCACAGAAAACUAUCAGAGGCCUAUACACACAUGAGGAGCACAGACUCAUUCAAAACAUGAAGGAAUAAGCUUGGCUUCAUGCAGGUCUACCAGGUGGGCAUCAUGUCAGGGAACCAGAUGCGGCCCAGAUGUUUGGACACCUCGCUGUGGAUCUGCUCCAUGUUGUAGCUGCUGUC